AACUGGAGGAGCUGAUGGUAGCUCGAGAGCUCCAGUAGAGAGUAGAGAAACUGGAGACACGGGAUUUCCAGCGUGCGCGCGCGCGCAAGGAUUCUCGGAUUCUCCGCCGCGGCUUGGAUUGGGAAUGCAGUUUGCUUGAGUUGAGCUCGAGCGCGAUCCUGGGGAAUAUCUCUCUCUCUUUCAUCGGCGCGUGAAGCCCGUCCUGCAGCCUCGCAACUUUGGUGUGCACAGAGCCGCACCACCGUCGCACCGUUUGCGGCGCGCGCGGUGCGGGGAGACGCGGGGCGAGGGGAUGCGGGAUCGUCGCGCGUGCGCUUGCGUCGAUUUGCGGGAAUGAGAAAGCACGAUGGUCCAGAGCGACCCGCUCCAGAAGGGCGUCUGCUGGAACGGAUCUGAACGGGACAGGAUGGAUACGGUGCCGUUUAACAAGGUGAAAGAGUGACCCAAUGAAGUGGAAUACUACCUUGUCAGUGUGCCGAAAGAGAAGUCACCUUAGCCCACUCCAGCACAAGCGGAGGGAGAGGGAGCGACGUCUUUGAUUGUUUGUUGCCAGCAGGGAGAAGGGAAGGAGGGUGCUUUUCUGGAAACACCACUGUCUCGCAGGCUGAAGCAUAUGGGAGGUUCCAUUGGAUAACUCCUUGACAGUCAGGAGAACAGCAGACAGAAUUGGAUUUGUCUGACAACGUGAGACCCGGAGGUGUGAACUUGAAAAUAUCUUUGCUGUUUAAAGGCUGAGAGGGACCUUAUGGCAGAAAACUACACUAUAUAGGCUCGUGUACAUGAUCUACCAUGGCCAAAGUGCUCUGCAGCCUCCUGCUCCUGGGAAGUGCAGUGAUGACGGCCAUCGCCUGCCCUAAGUACUGCGUCUGUCAGAACCUGUCCGAGUCGCUCGGCACACUGUGUCCUUCCAAAGGCCUGCUCUUCGUCCCCCUGGACAUUGACAGACGGACUGUGGAGCUGCGGCUCGGCGGGAACUACAUCAUCCGGAUCUCGCAGCAGGAUUUUGUCAACAUGACGAGCCUGGUGGAUCUGACGCUGUCGAGGAACACCAUCAGCUCCAUCCAGCCUUUCUCGUUUGUGGAUCUAGAGACUCUCCGCUCACUCCAUCUAGACAGCAACCGACUGACCGAGCUCGGCCCGGAUGCCCUGCGAGGCCUGGUCAACCUGCAGCACCUCAUUUUGAACAACAAUCAAUUGAACCACAUCUCAGAGGAAGCCUUCGACGACCUCCUGCUAACACUGGAAGAUCUAGACCUUUCCUACAACAACCUACGGGGCGUGCCCUGGGACGCCAUCCGCAAGAUGCUUAGCCUGCACCAGCUCAGCCUCGACCACAACCUCAUCAGUUACAUCGCGGAAGGUACUUUCACGGACCUUGACAAAUUGGCGAGACUUGACCUCACGUCGAAUCGACUGCAGAAACUUCCGCCAGAUCCCAUUUUCGCAAGAUCUCAGACCAACGCAGUGCUGAGUACGCCAUAUGCUCCUGUGCUCUCGCUUAGCUUUGGCGGGAAUCCGCUUCACUGCAACUGCGAGGUGCUGUGGCUGCGACGGCUUGAACGGGAGGACGACAUGGAGACUUGCGCCUCCCCUCCAAGCUUGAAAGGAAGGUACUUCUGGUACGUUCGCGAGGAGGAGUUCAUCUGUGAGCCGCCUUUGAUUACUCAGCAUACACACAAGCUUCUGGUUCUUGAAGGCCAGACGGCUAGUCUACGUUGCAAGGCAGUGGGUGACCCCAUGCCCUACAUCCAUUGGGUGGCCCCAGAUGACCGGCUGAUAAGCAACUCAUCGAGGGCCACCGUCUACGAGAAUGGAACCCUUGACAUCAUGGUCACCACCGCCAAGGAUUACGGCACGUUCACCUGCAUUGCUGCCAACGCUGCAGGAGAAUCCACCGCCUCCAUAGAGCUUUCCAUCAUUCAGCUGCCUCACCUGAGCAACGGGACCAAUCGCACCUCGCAGCCCAAGUCCAGGCUGUCCGACAUCACCAGCUCCACCAAGGUCUCCAGCAAGGGAGAGACCAAACCGCAGCAGCCGGAACAGGUGGUGAGCGUGUCGGAGGUCACUUCCGUCUCCGCUCUGGUCAAGUGGACGGUGAGCAAAGCAACCCCCAAGGUGAAGAUGUACCAGCUCCAGUACAACUGCUCAGAUGAUGAGGUCCUGAUUUACAGGAUGAUCCCUGUGACCAGCAAAGCCUUCGUGGUCAAUAACUUGAUGCCUGGGAUGCAAUAUGACCUGUGCGUGCUGGCCAUCUGGGACGACACGGCCACCACGCUGACAGCCACCAACAUCGUGGGAUGCGUGCAGUUUGUUACCCGUGACGAUUAUCCUCGUUGUCAGUCGCUUCACAGUCAGUUCCUCGGGGGCACUAUGAUACUUGUCAUUGGCGGCGUGAUCGUGGCCACUCUGCUCGUCUUCAUUGUGAUACUCAUGGUGCGUUACAAGGUCAGCAGUGGUUCCCAGGUUGCCAAGUUGGUGACCGUGAGCAACACUUACUCCCAGACCAACGGCGGGUCUCAGGGGGCUCAGCGGCUCAAUGGAGCCCCUGCACCCCCCGCUCCCAAAGCCAUUGUCGUGAUGCGGAACGAGGUGGUGGAGUUUAAAUGUGGAUCCUUGCAGAGCAGCAUCUCCUCCUCUUCCUCUGCGGACUCCAUUGGCAGCGGGAAGCUGGAGCGCUAUGACCUGCAAGCAGGGUCCAGCACUUUACCCAACAGAUGGAGGCAAGCUCCAGCCAAGACUCGACCCAACCUUGACCACCUGCUCGGAGCCUUUGCCUCGCUGGAUUUGAAGGCUCCAGCCAGGGAUUUGGGUGGUCCCUCCAGCUCAGGAGCCAUGACGGCAGCCAUGGGAGCCCUGUCCGACAAAGAACCGCUUUUGGGCCGCGGGGACUCCAAGCUGGGUAGGUUGCUAAUGCUGCCGCUGGAGAGCAAGCCCAAGCGCAGUCAUUCUUUCGACAUGGGCGACUUCGGUGCCGCGCAGUGCCUUAGCUACCCGCGGCGCAUCAGCAACAUCUGGACUAAGCGGAGCCUAUCGGUGAACGGCAUGCUGCUGCAGUGUGACGAGAGCGAGGGGGAGGGCGAUAAAGGAAUGCUGAGCAACAGCUCGGAGUGGGUCAUGGAGAGUACAGUCUGAUAAAGGGUUGAUGAGGAUUGUGUCUUUUCUUCUAUCAGAUCUUUUAUCAGAAAAAAAGGCCAGAAAAUGGACUGGACAUUGGACAGAACAAGAACAAAUGGACCAGUGACUUUUCACAGCAAGAAGGACCCUUAAGACCACCCGGAAAGGAUGGAUAACUCGAUGGGUGACAACAGAUAGAUAACAGGAGAUGUGAAUGACUGUGUACUGCAUGAAUCAGAAUCCCCAUGUUAAUGAUAUCGUCCUUCUGUCCAUUUGAUCACAUUACAGCUUCAGGUUGACAUUACAGUACAACAAUAUGGGAGAGAACAUGGGCAAACCAACCAAGGGCCAAAGCAAGGGCUGGCCCUCAUCACUGACGGCCUGGAAGAGACACCGCUUACUGACUUAUCGGCCCUUAACCGUUACCGUGGCGAGGGCAGGUGCUGACGGACAGACGGACUCUCGCUCUCGAGCGAUGUGGGAGUAGAGUAGCUCUGGGAAGAGUGGGGGAAGUAAAGUAAAGUGAAGAGAAUGAAAGAAACAGCGAGGCUUUCUCAGGCUGUGCGCUACGCACCGCCAAGAGGAUUUACCCCAGCUUAAUGGAUGUGCAUCACAAUAGGACUGAAUGCACGGGACGGGAAUACAUUUUUACAUUUUCCUCAAGAGGAGAUAUGAAAAAAAAACAAAA